AUGGACAUGGACCAUUCAUCCCAUGAUCACCACAUGAUGGACCACUCCUCCCACGCCGGCCACGGUGACAUGGGUAGCGGUCCGAUGUGCAACAUGAACAUGCUCUUCACCUGGGAUGCCACCGAUCUAUGUGUAGUCUUCCGUCAGUGGCACAUCACCUCCACCCUGAGCCUCGCCGUCUCGUUGGUAGCGAUCGUAGGCAUUUGUGCUGGGUACGAGGCCCUGCGCGAGGCUACCCGACGGUAUGAGGCGGUGCUGUCGCAGAGGGUCGAAACGGCGCCCCUAGAAUCAGCUACUGAGACAUUUCCUCUCCUCGCACGGGAUAUAGGCCAGAACCGGGAGCAGAUUACUCGCAGGGCCCAUAUCAUCAAGGCAGCGCUCUAUGGGGUCCAAAACUUCUACGCAUUCAUGAUCAUGCUGAUUUUCAUGACCUACAACGGAUGGGUCAUGAUUGCGGUGUCGGUGGGUGCUGGGCUUGGGUACUUGGUGUUUGGGGGUAGUACCCCCGUCACCAAGGAGACUGCUUGCCAUUGA